AUGGACGUAGACGAUGCAUCUUCGCCGGGCAGUCUAAGCUCGCCCCCGCACUCGCCUGAGCAGGGCACUCCGACAUCGACUAUCCGCACUCCUGCAGGUGGUGUUGGUGUUGGAACUAGCACACCAACCCCUGCAACUGCAUCACCAGCUCCACGCGGUCUUACUGCGAGCGGCCUUCCUCGUAAGAAGCCAGGUCCCAAACCAAAAGCAAAAGAUCCCAGUGCACCUGAGCCAGAGAAGAAGACACGAAAGCCCCGCAAGUCGGAGCCCAAGGACCCAAAUGCUGCACCCGCUCAACGCAAGAGGAGGACCAAGGCAUCGCUGGAGGCACAGGCACAGCCAGUCGCACAAGCCGUGGACGAGAAACCGUCUGUGCAGCAGUCGCCUACACCUCAAGUUGCACCCAGUGAGCCCGUCGCUGUCUUGCAUACCGAGCAGCCGCCUGUUGUCUCACAGCCUGCUCGCGUCUUGAGCAAUCCCGAACCCACCCUUCAUAGUAACCCAAACCUUUCACACAUCAGCGUCGCGCCCUCAACACCGCGGCCAUCUAGUUCAGGCCAACGAUAUGAUCCAAUUCGAGGCGACACCUUUGAGUCAAAACCACAACCUCCAGCAAGUGCACCGCCGCCGCCCGUUUCACCCCCGAUCAACCACCGUGCUAGUGCCUCACCUUCCAUCACAAGUCUUAUCGACCCGCCGUCUGCCAGUAAUUCAUUCUAUUCGCAUCCUCCCAAACUCCAGCAACAGGCAUCCAUCACAUCAGCACCCGUGUCACCUGCCGCCUUCUCCACGCGACCAGCCUCGGUCCUUCCUUCUCAAGACUACUCACCUCAGCUUCAACAACAACAGCAGCAGCAGCCACAGGCACCCCUCCAAACUCAAGCUCAACCGUACCCCACUGCCUCAUCGGGACCGACUCCUAUGGACAUUGACACCGAGCCCAGCAAGCCAACAUCAGUUCCCAUGGCAAAGGAAAAUUCGACAAACUCGGGUACACCCUCGCAAUCGAAUGCGCCAACCCCACCUACUAAAGCAGCUCGCCAAAAAGAAGCCCCGCCACCGUUGCCUACUGGAAGUGGCCUCUUGUCGGGAACGCCGUUUGGCCCAGUUGCAAACGCCAAUGGUGCAUCCGAGACACAAGGCACCAACAUCUACCUGACAUUUGAUCUGAAGGGAAAGGAAAAUGUUACAAUCAACUUCGCACAGGAAGUCGAGAAAAAGUACGGUUUCGCUGCCCUGCAUCCUCGCAUCGCUGCUCGCAAAGAGCGUCAGCGCCAGAUUGCAGCGGCAGGUACCGCACUUGAGCGAGCUGCAGGCGGUGGCUCAAAUGACGAUCAGUCUGUCGAUUUGUCCGAGAACGAGAGUAAUGUCGAAAUGGGCGGCAUGGAUGACGAGACAUCGGCCAAGGAGAACGGAGGCAAGAAGCGACGCAAGCGCAAACAAGAAGAUUAUGACAAGGAGGAUGACUUCAUCGAUGACACAGAGCUGGCCUGGGAACAGCAAGCUCUCAUGGCGAAAGACGGUUUUUUUGUUUACAGCGGCCCACUCGUGACCGAGGAGAAGCCAACUGUAGAGAGGGCCGACGGCACCGUUAGACGCGGACGAGGACGCGGUCGUGGCGGCACUGUACGAGGAGAGGCUUCAGGUCGCGGCAGAGGACGUGGCGGAGGUCCUGGCUCUCGUGGUGGUUCUACUGUCCGCAAGCCUCGCGUUACUAAGGCUGAUCGUGCGCAAAUGGAACAGGAGAAGGCAGCUCGAGAAUCUAUGGCUAAGACGCUGACUAACAUGUCUACUCACGCCGGCCAGGCUAGUGCUAUGUACAUGGUCGGUUCCGCGACAUAUCGCACUCAUCUCCCAGCGGAUGUAGCUCUCACUGAGUACUCGCGCAAGUUCUACGAUGGGACGUACAAGUGGGAUUCGGAGGGCUUCACUGACGAAACUGGAAAGUAUCAGGAAUUUGAUUGCUAUGAUCCUGCAGCCCGAGCUCCCACACCUUUACCUCCGAUGUGCUUGAGCGAUGAUGAAGCAGACGGCGGGACUGUAGAACGCGAAGAGUCCGCAUUACAUAUGCUGGGGGACGAGACCACCAGUCUUCUAUCCGCAACAAAUGUUAAACACAGGCAGGUAGUUGCAAUGCAGCGUGAUGAGCUGCUUCGUGACCGCACUGAUACAAAGCAUACUAUCGGUAAGAUGGAGGAUGCCAGCCCUGCGACACCUUCGAAAACCAUCGCAGCGGGUCUACGAGACUUUGCUUCACCCUCAGAACUAUCAGAAUGUCCUUCAGAUAUAUCUGAAUGGGAUGUGGGGAGACCGAUGUCAAGACCAAAGACGAUUGCAAAAAAGCCUGUCGAUGAGAUGUUCGAGCAAGGCGAUGUCGAUGAACCCGAGCGGAAACAUACAACACGAGGCGUCGCACAGAAAGUCAAGAAAGGUAUUAGGAAGCCAACGGCCGCAUCAAUCAAGCCCUCUCCUAGGACAGGAACUGUGCAGGCUGGCAGCUACAUGGAGAGCGCUGGGACGACGACUCGGCGUCGAUCGACACGGCUCAAUCAAGGUGGCAAGUAG